CACAAUGCUUGUAAGCCAAGUUUGUUGAAAAGCUAAAUUCAGUUUGAGUAAAUAGCUUGAUCGCGUCACUUGGCUUAAUUUUUGGGUUGUGAACGGGCCGCUAAUUUCUGUUUUGGCAGUGGAUGAAAAAAAUUGAAAUCAUCUGGUUUUGUGGGCUACUCUUUUCUAUGGCAAUUUUGCAACAAAAACUACACCAAGGAACCUGAGAACAUUAAGGAAAAAUACCGCCAAGAAAGCCAAAGAAAAAGACAAAAUUAAUGCAAAACGUAUAAGCCAGCCACACGAAUCCAGAUUGAAUUUUUAAGCGGAGAACAGAGAACAGCGGACGGGUAGACAGACGACAGAUUUGGAAGACAACAACAGAACACAACAUAUGAGGAUCAAUCAAUCAGCAGCAGCCGCCGACGACGAAGAAGAAGUCUCGAGUCCCAGAAGCAGUCUAGGACCCAGUCUUCAAGAUAUUUUUUUUUAACUAACAUUUGCAGAAGAUAAGCGGGGCAUUUUAAGCAGCAAUCUUACGAACGAUAUCGCAACGAUAAACCCCCUCAAAAUCCCUCCCUAACUCCCUGCUCCAGACAUAACGCAAGCAACGAACACAAUAUGGCAGCGGCCGUAGAAGUACGAAAUGGCUACAAAUAUUAUGGAAGCAAAUCAAAACCCAAAAUUAUACUCAACUAUUUGAAUAUGAAUGUCCAGCGUGGUUCCAUCUAUGGUCUAUUGGGUGCCUCAGGUUGCGGCAAGACCACCUUGCUGUCAUGCAUUGUGGGCCAGCGCCAGUUUAACAGUGGUGAUGUGCGGGUCCUGGGUCUCAAGCCUGGGGCACCAGGCAGUGGUAUACCCGGUUCCAGAAUUGGUUAUAUGCCUCAGGAAAUCGCCUUGGUCGAAGAGAUGACGGUCAAGGAAACCGUCUAUUAUUUCGGUCGCAUCUAUGGCAUGAAAGACGACAAGAUUCGGGAGAAAUUUAAAAUUCUACGUGAUUUACUGCAAUUGCCACCUGCCACACAAUUGGUAAAGAAAUGCAGUGGCGGCCAACAGAGACGUGUCUCCUUUGCCUGUGCCAUGAUUCAUGAUCCGGAAUUGUUGAUACUGGAUGAGCCGACAGUGGGUUUGGAUCCAAUGUUGAGAGAAAAAAUCUGGGAGUUCUUGGUGGAGACAACCAGAAAUAGCAAAAUGGCUGUGAUUAUAACGACACAUUACAUUGAGGAAGCUAAGCAAGCCAAUAGUAUCGGUCUUAUGCGCAAAGGUGUACUAUUGGCCGAGGAUACUCCCGAAAAUAUAAUGUUACGGUUCGAAGUGAACUCCAUUGAGGAUGCCUUUCUGAUAUUGAGUCAAAAACAGGGUGAUAAUGACGUCAUAGAAGCAUCGCUGGCCCAGCUACCCUCUCAGCAGCAACAUCAUCACAACUCCAAUGCCAUUUGUAAUGGUGUUGAGGUCAUUGAUGCAUCGUCCAUUAUACAGCCCACGGAAAAGUCGAUGAGUGAGAAGCCCAAUCCCGAAAAACAACUGGAGGAAGAUGAUGACAACGAUAAUACCAAGAAAUGCCUGUUCACCACCAAGGGAAGGAUCAAGGCUCUGAUGACCAAAAAUUUUGUACAACUUUUUAGACAACCCUCAGGAAUUAUUUUCAUGUUACUCUUUCCCAUCAUCCAACUAUCCUGCUUCUACAUGGCCGUGGGCAAGACACCAACCAAUCUAAAAAUCGGUAUUGUCAAUGAUGAGGUACGCCAAUGGGAGUCAUGUUAUAGUCCAGAUCUGAUAACUGUAAACCCGGCCAAUGACACGUGUUAUUUUAGUAAUCUUUCAUGUCGCUAUAUAACCGGUCUGGAGGGUUCAGAUCACUUGAAUAGGGUAUUUUACCCCAGUCUCGAGGAGGCCCAUCGCGAUGCCAAAAAGGCCAAGAUUUUGGGUUAUGUUUAUUUUGCCAGCAACUUUUCAACUUCUAUGCAGACCUUCUUGGAAGAUGGACGCUAUGCCGAAGAUGAUGCCAUUGAUAAUGCCCAGGUUACAGUGCAUUUAGAUAAUACGGAUCGUCAAAUCUCCUACUAUCUGGAGAGGAAACUGCGUGAGGUCUACAGCAGCUUCAUCAAGGAUGUCGUUACCGAUUGCAAUUAUCCCUCCAGUCUUGCCUCGAUUCCGGUGAAUUUGCAAGAACCCAUUUAUGGUACUGAGGAUAUGGAAUUCCAGCGCUAUGUGGCACCCGGUGUGGUCAUGACUAUGGUCUUCUUUUUGGCCACUCUGAUGACAGCGUCCGUUUUCAUUGAAGAACGCCUGGAUGGCGUGUGGGAUCGUACCCUAGUGGCCGGUGUUUCGGCCAUACAAAUGCUGUGGGCCCAUUUGCUGACUCAAUUCAUUAUCAUGGUGGCUCAAAGUAUUGAAGUGAUUGUUUAUAUUGGUUUGGUGUUUGACACCUACAAUAAGGGCGAUACCACGACGUUGAUAUUUUUAUUGACAUUGACCUCAUUUUGCGGCAUGUUGUUUGGAUUGCUUAUAUCCGUCUAUUGCAAGUCGCAUACAGAGGCGAAUUUCGUGGCCACCGGUGCUUUCUAUCCCAUGAUUAUUUUGUGUGGUCUCCUGUGGCCCCUGGAAGGCAUGCCCAAGGCUUUGCAAGAUGUGGUAUUAUAUUUCCCCUUUACUUUACCCUCAAUAUCGGCCCGAAACAUCCUCGAAAAGGGUUGGGACAUUACCAAUGGCAAGGUCUAUGGCGGUUUCUUGGUUAUGGCUGCCUGGAUUGUAAUAUUCUUUACACUGUGCAUGGUGGGCCUUAAGAGGAAGGCGUAGAUAGGCUAGUGUAAAUGUUUUAGGUUAGAAAAAAAUAUUUUUAUUUAAAAAAAGAAAGUAUUUUACAAACAUUUUUUAUGGAAUUCUCGCAUAGUUUAUCAUCUCAAAAAAAAAAAAUCAUUAAAAAUAUUUAUAUACACACAAAAUAAUCAAAGAAGAUUCACAAAGCUCAGACACAGGUAAAAGAUUCACAAUUUAAAGUUCACAAAAAAAAUUAAAAAUUAAAAUUUCCAAAAAGGAAGGAUGAAAAGGGGAAACAUUAAUUGCCUCCCAAAAAAUAUAUUUUUUUAAUUUCCCCCUUUCCUUCCUUUCCCUUCCAUCCAUUUCAUUUUUAUUCCAUUCCCACAAAAAAAAAUCCAUCCAACAUUGUAAUUUAAUAUAUAUUUUUUUAAAUAUUUUUCAAAAAUAUUUCUUAUAAUUUUUUUAUUAAAAAAUGGUUACCAGUAAAAUAUUUAAUAUUUAAAAAAUAUUCCCUUUUAAUAUUUAUAUCAAUUUUAUGUAAAUUUUCAAAGAAAGUGAAAUAGAAAUAAAUUUUAUUGAAGGUGGGAGGGUAAUAAAUCCGAGGACUUUUUAAAGCCCAAAAAAGGGGGCAACCCUACCCAAAGUAUAUCAGCCUCAUUCACUCCCCUAUACCCCUCCAGAAAAAAGGUACAUUGGAAAUUCACCCAGGAUUCAACCUCUCUUCUCCAAUAACAGCUCCAUCUCUUACUCUCCCACCCCACAAAUUUCUCACUCUGUCCCUCUUUUCCACUUCCCUUUGUACAUUUUAGUUAAAUUUUAUCUCUUCCCUAUUUUAAUUUAUAAUUCUUUUAUAUUUUUUAUAUUUGUAUAAAAAUUAUAUAAAAAUUUAAUUUUUGUAAAGGUCUAUUUUUUGCUAUUCUAGGCUAGGUUAAAUAUUACGAAUAUAAUUUUAGUUUAUUAUAGAUUUUAGUAUGAAUAAUAAUUAUUAUUUUUUUAAUUUGUAUUAUUUGUACGAAGAGUU